AUGCGGAAGCGUCAGCAAGAAGAGGAGGAAGAGAAGAGGCGUGCUGCUCUCCAGGAGAAGGGAGAGCGUAAACGGCAGCAAGCAGCAGCAGCAAUGCAGCAGACUGAAGUGACGGCCUUCUGUGCUGCUGCUGGUUUGUCGGAAGCAAUCCAGGAAAUGUUCUAUAGGAAAAGAUUCAUUUACGUCGAUGAGGCUUUUCUAACACUUGAUGCGGUGCUGUUUUUGCUGCGGCUGCAAGUGGCGGUGGUGGUACCGCUUCUGGAAUUGUUGCUGUUGCUGCUGCAGAUGGAAGCAACUCUGCGCAAGAUGGGGCUGAGUGCCACAGAACGCGUCGCAUUCAAAGAGGUACUAAAUGCGUUUAGCCACCCCAACUGCAUGCAGCAGCAGCAGCAGCAGCAGCAGCAGCAACAGCAGCAGCGACAGCAGCAGCAACCGCAGCGACGCAGCAUGCAUACGCGCAACCUUCUGUUGGCUUUGUGA